GAAACAGGGCGCUCCGCUACUGGGAUGCGGUCUCGACGGCGGGGUAGCCCCUGAGCCCGGUGACCCGUUGCCCGCACCCGCCCGCGGAAGCACCCGAGCGACUGGAGAAAGAGAAAGGGGCCAACGGGGCCUCCUCCCAGCUCUACGCGGCUCUCAUUCAGAAAGCUGAGGUCAAGAAACGGGAAGGACGGAGCCCCGGAGCAACAGAGGCCAGGCGCUGCCAGGGGCACGGAGGGCGGAGCCAGGGGAGGGCGGCCGACUGCGGUCCCCGCUCCUCCCCCGGCCGGGGCGGACCCGAGGCCUCGAUCCGCCUUCCCCGCGCCGUCCUGGUCACGGCCCCGCGGGGCAGCCAUGCCGGGACGCCUGCUGCGGGGCCUGUGGCAACGAUGGCGCCGUUACAAGUACCGCUUCGUUCCCUGGAUCGCGCUGAACCUAAGCCACAACCCGAGGACCCUCCGAUAUGUUCCAGAGGAAUCCAAAGACAAAGUUAUCUCAGAUGAAGAUGUCCUAGGAACAUUACUGAAAGUUUUCCAGGCUCUAUUCUUAAAUGAUUUCAAUAAACAAUCAGAAAUCUUGACUGUGCUUCCGGAAUCUGUUAAAUCAAAAUAUGAAGACCUACUGGCAGUUGAACAUCAAGGGGUGAAACUGCUUGAAAACAGACAUCAACAACAAAGUACCUUUAAACCAGAAGAAAUUCUUUACAAGACUUUGGGUUUCAGUGUUGCCCAAGCAACUAGCUCAUUGAUUUCUGCUGGAAAAGGUGUCUUCGUUACUAAAGGAUUUGUACCAAAGGGCGCGGUCGUAUCUAUGUAUCCUGGUACAGUAUAUCAGAAGUAUGAGCCCAUCUUUUUCCAGUCCAUUGGAAAUCCAUUUAUUUUUAGAUGCCUGGAUGGGGUGCUCAUUGAUGGGAAUAACAAAGGAAUAUCGAAAGUUGUGUACAGAUCAUGCAAUGGAAGGGAUCGACUUGGCCCUUUAAAAAUGAGUGAUAGUACAUGGCUAACAUCAGAAAUUCAUAACCCCCUGGCUGUGGGACAGUAUGUCAACAAUUGUUCCAACGACAGAGCAGCUAAUGUCUGUUAUCAGGAAUUUGAUGUGCCUGCAGUUUUCCCUAUAGAACUGAAGCAGUAUCUUCCAAACAUUGCCUACCGCUAUGACAAACAAAGUCCACUUCGAUGUGUUGUUCUUGUCGCACUUAGGGAUAUCAGACAAGGAGAAGAGCUUUUUUCAAACUACUACACAAUUGUCAGCUAACUCUGUGAAUCAAAAAUUAGGUUUUCUACUCAGCUACUGAGUUAAUUCUAAGUAUUUUUUUGCUAAUCACUUCUCUGAAUUCUACCUGUAGAACAAAUAUUUUGAGACCUAAUUGGAAUGGGAAUUUUUUAUGUUUUUGUUGAUAUUAUAUUUGUUCCAGUUUCAUGAUAAAAGCUAUUUGCUUCAUUACAAUUUCAAAUUUGUAAUGGAAUUCUAAUUUUAAUUGGUUUUCAUCUAAAUACACAAUAGCUUAUUAAAUUAAAACCUACUACUUGAACUUAUAAUUUCAAUUUUUCUUUUGUUUAUUUUGUAAGCUCUGUGGUGAUUUAUAAAA